AUGUCCAAAAUAUCUUCCUCUUCAAAAUCCCAUUCGACAUCGCGUCCUGCUGCGAAGCGGUCGCAUCAUACAUGGCCCCGAUAUACCGCACCCCGAACACAUUUUGAAGACUUUUUGCGAGAAAUUGGGGCGCCCGCACAUUCGUGUAACCUGUGCUGCGUUCCCAAGCAAGCUCCUGUAUUAAAUCGGAACUCCACAGGGCGGCAAGCAUCGACCGUGGGCACGGGCGAGGAGUUCUCGGAUGGCCGUCCGAUACAAUGGAGCCAUCGGACCACAGGCACGGCCGACUUCAUUCCACAUGCACGAGGCACCCAAGGAUCUGCGUGGUUCUCAUUAGGCGUCGCAUAUCCUUCCCGCCGCACGUUAUCGCGUUUCCCAACCAGUUCCCUGGUCAAAUCAGGCGGAUUGUCCAGUAUAUUCAAAUCGAAACCUCUUUCGGCCGUGGACACACAUUUCUGUUUAGUACUCCGAGCGGACGUCGACCGAUCUCUUUCUGCGAGAUUGUGCUUACGCUCUCUGCUCGGAGAAGAUAGAGACGAGGACACAGCGCUCUCACACGAGUAUACCGAGCCAUACGAUACCGUCCACAUCCACACUUCGUUCGAUGACGCGACACAAAAUUCCGAUCGCCCCGCAUCUCCCGUACCGGACAUCCGACCUAUCAGUCGUUCAGCAUCGUCCGAGUCUUUGGAGACAGCUUCGUCUUCAGAAGCUCCGGCUACGCCUCCGACUCAUUCCCCUACAUUCUCUAAUUUCAGUCCCGUUCUGGCUGACCUCGAGCGCUCGUCGAGGUUUCGCAUCGAAGCACCAGGCAGCUGCACGAACGACAAGGGAGACGCUGCUCUGAUUGAUUGCGCAGAGCGGUUUUGA